CCCACUUCAUCAUCUUCUUCGACUUUCUGAUCUGCCAACGCCGACUCUUUCGCGGACCCUUCAACACUCUCGACUUCCCCACCCUCUCCUCCACCAUUACCACAAUUCGAAUCACGAGUCGUCCUCACACACACAGGCCAACAUGGCCUCCUACGGCUAUCCCCAACAACCCCCCUCGCAAUCCUACUCCUCCCCCAACAACCUCAACUUCUACCAGUCCACCUACUCCAACCAGCCCGUCUCAGGCCACACAACUCCCUUCCAAGCCACAUACGGCGCGGGCGGCGCACAGUCUGGGGGUUACCCCCAGCAAGCAUACGGCGGCGGCAGCAAUUAUGGCUUCGGAGGCUUCCCCGGGCAGCCUGGCGCAACGGGACAAAUGGGGACGGGACAAGGAGGGCUGAGGACGGGGUGGUUGGCUGCGUUUGGGACGGAGGGAUAUGAUGGAGAGCCGCCUUUGCUGGAAGAGUUGGGCGUGAAUUUCAUGCAUAUUCAGAUGAAGACACUCACAGUGCUCAACCCGAUGGCCCGGAUAGACAACCACAUCAUGGACGAUGCUGAUUUAGCUGGUCCAUUUCUCUUCUGCGGCCUCUUCGGCACCUUCCUGCUUCUUUCGGGCAAACUCUGGUUCGGCUACGUCUGCGGCCUCGCAGCCCUAGGCGCAAUAACGCUCAACUUCAUCUUCAGCAUGAUGUCCCCCCCGCUCUCCCAAGACGAAAUGCAAGCCGCGCAGAACUCGUCCAGCUCCUACCACGCCUCCGCACAGCUCUCCUCGACCCUCACACUCGGGCGCAGCUCGUCGGUGUUGGGGUACUGUCUGCUCCCGCUGGUGUUCGCGAGUCUACUCGGUGUUGUGUUGCCGCUUGAUAGCUUUUUGGGCUAUUGCUUGGUUAGCACGGCGAUUGCGUGGUGUACUUAUUCCAGCUCGGCGAUGUUUUGUGUGGUGGGGAGGAUGGCGAAUAUGAGGGGACUUGUCGCAUAUCCGUUAGCGCUCUUCUACGUGGGAUUUGGCAUCAUGGCGAUUUUCAGCAGCAGAGGAACUGGGCAUAUUGAUGCCAUGAAAGCGAGGACAUGAAGGGGACUGUGCCCAUGAUUUUCAAAACAUGCAUUUAGCGCUGUGUUGCAUAGCUAUCGUA